AUGGAUACUGGUCAAACUAUACACAAGACUGAAGAAUGUAAAGAUCUUGAACUUUUACUACAUGAACAAACUGAAAUUUCAGAAAAACAAGAAACAAAAUCAUUACACACAGCUAAAGAAAACGAAAUUUGUGAUCAAAAUGUAUUGAAACAAAAAGAUUUGGACUUAAUUACAGAGUAUACUGAAGAAAAAUUUAAUAAAUUCGAUUUAAGCAAAACAAGUUUAAGAAACGACGACAGACAGCAACUUGAAUGGACUGUUCAGAAAAAUAUACUGAAUGAAAAGACAGGAUUUAUGCAAACAUUUACAACUACCACUGCCAUUAUAGAAAAACAGAAGUCUCCCGUUUUGACUGAAAAAUCAAAAUUGAAACCAUAA